UCGAGAGAAACCAGAGGGAAACAAACUCUUGCAAAUUUAGUGACUGCUAUUGGUAUGAUGGAAAUCUAUGAUUUGGCAGAAUGGAAUUCAGCUGUGGUGGAUUCGGUUUUGGUGAAUGGAGACAACUAUUUUGUUAAGUGCAUUCAGGAUAUCUCCAAUGAAGAUUAUGAAAUUUCAAUGGACGAUUUGAAACCCGAUUGUUCCAUAUUUCCAUUCGCUUUCAACGUUACCUUCACUCCAGUUGUGGAAGGAACUAUGUUUUUGGUUAGAGUUACGCAAUUCAACCUGUUCAAAGCUCUAAGAUUUUUUUUCAGUAAUGUCGUCAGGAGAUGUGGAAUAAUAAGUUGCACAAAAUCGGAAAGGAAACAUCACGUGGCUUUCGGAAAACUACAAGAAUCUGAGUACUUUAUGUUCGAUAGUGACUGUCAAGGUAGUCCAAUGUUCCUUGGAGGUUACGGUGUUGCCUAUAUUCUCAGGAUGACAACAUUGAAUAUGUUACUACAUGUUCUCACUUUCACUUUGAGAGGUGGAUAUUUUUUCAUUUAUGAGGUAGAUAUUACUAACCUGAAACACAUAAGUUGAA